CCUAUUCCAAUCAAUUUCGUUGGUCUCUCCUCCUCUUCGGUUGCUUGUUGCGGUUAGCAUCUUUUGAAAGUGUCUUCACCGUUUCUUUCUCACAUUUUUCUCCUCCAUUUCCCUCUCUUACAAGUCUCCUCCCUCGCUUUCUCUCUCCUUAUCAGCUUCUCUCCACCGCACGCCGAUUAAUCUCUCUCUCUCUCUUCUCAAUCGCUGAAAAAAUGGCGAUACUCCAACCACCAAUCGCCACCAGAAUCAUUGCAGAGAAACAUCAUCGAUUUUUGAGUAAUUUCGUGGAGAAACAGCUCUGUGCUAAUGCGAUGUUCAUUAACUCUCAAAUUUCGGCGGUUUUGAGACGUGGUAGCACCAGAAAAUCCACCGAUUGUGGCGGUGCUUCUGUUAGGGUUCGCAAUUGUCGUCGUGGUCGACGCUCUACCGAAAUUCGGUGUCGUUUCAGCUCGCCUAAUGACGGUGACAGCGUUACCGGCAAUUUUGAGGGCGGUGAUGGUCAUUUUGUCAAUUCUUCUGUCAUCGAAGCUGUUGAGGUGAAGAAUGGAUCAGAGGGAUUUAUGAUCAAAAUGAGGGAUGGAAGGUACUUAAGAUGUGUAUAUAAUCAUACCAAAGGAGGGUAUCCACCUGAUUAUAUUUCACACCCUGCUAUUGUGCUAAAGUUGGAAGAUGGAAGUGAUAUCCUACUCCCAAUUAUUGUUUUGGAAAUGCCAAGUGCUUUACUGAUGGCUGCACUACGCAAUGUUGAGAUGGCUAGGCCAUCUGUGUACCAAAUAGUGAAGGAAAUGAUAGAAACAAUGGGAUACAUGGUGAAAUAUGUUCGAGUUACCAAGAGGGUGCAAGAAGCUUAUUUUGCGGAACUUUGUGUCAUGAAAAUGGAUUGUGAAACAGAGUCUCUUAGAUUUGAUCUUCGGCCUUCUGAUGCCAUUAACAUUGCUGUAAGAUGCAAGGCCCCUAUACAAGUUAACAAGUCUUUAGCACUGAAAGAUGGACUGAAACUUGUUGAACAUACAAAUCCUGUAUUCAGUCCUCCACACUCUGAUGGCUCUUUGCUGUCGGCAAUGGAUAGACCAAAUGGACAGCCCUGUCCUGAAAGUGAAGAAUUCGUCCUUUUACGCAACAUGUUGAUUGCUGCUAUUGAAGAACGCUAUCACGAUGCAGCCCAAUGGAAGGAUUUGCUCAUGCAGUUCAGGUCCAAACAGCAAAAGUGGACAUGACAUGGCGCGUCUCAAAUAAUGUCAGUCUACCCUCCCCUUAUCUCCUUUCCUUUUGCUAAAUACGAAGUGCAAGAGAACAUGCAUCAGGGCUUUGCAUAUGCGGUUCAUUGCAACAAAUAUAUGUAUCUGGACCAGCUGCUAGCCUCACAUUAUGUCUUAUUUAUACGCAAGUUCUAUGGCUACUCUGUUCUGUAAAUCUGUUUGUUAAUUAUGUGAAUAAAUGUAAAUAACUAAAACACGCAUAUACAGCAAAAAUUAGAAAAUUAGAAUGUAUUACUAGCUUAGAUAAUUGUAUAGACAUCCCGAUAACUGAAUUUCAUGUAAAAGCUUCUUGCUUUGUGAUGGUGGUAUAAUUUCAUUUACAUUGAUAGA